AACCUUUUCUCUGCUCUGCCUUUUCCAGCCAGGACCGCCUGCCAAAAGGACCUGUGGCCACCUUCUCCUUCCUCUCUCCACGGACCCCCUUGUUCCUCCUGACACACUAUGGACCCCAACGCCAUCAAGGAGGAGCUGCGCCUCUUUCAGAGCACCCUGCUUCAGGAUGGGCUGAAGGAACUGCUGAAUGAAAACAAAUUUGUGGACUGCACCCUGAAGGUGGGUGACCGCAGCUUCCCCUGUCAUCGGCUCAUCAUGGCCGCCUGCAGCCCUUACUUCAGGGAGAUUUUCUUCACAGAGGAUGGGAAGGAGGUGGAGAACACCAAGGAGGUGGUCCUGGAGGACGUCAACCCCGCCAUCCUGGAAAUGAUCGUCCAGUACCUCUACUCAGCUGAGAUUGAGCUAACCGAUGACAAUGUGCAGGAUAUAAUCGCUGUGGCCAACAGAUUCCAGAUCCCUUCUGUCUUUACGGUCUGCGUCAACUACCUCCAGAAGAAACUGUCUCUGGGGAACUGCAUGGCCAUUUUCAGGAUGGGUCUGGUGCUCAGCUGUCCCAGGCUUGCUGUAGCUGGACGCAACUUCAUCGCUGACCGUUUUGAGCUACUUUACAAGGAAGAAGAGUUCCUCAAGCUCGCAGCGCACGAAUUGUUCGCCAUCAUCGGUGGAGACUCGCUGAACGUGGAGAAGGAGGAGCUGGUAUUUGAGGCGGUCAUGGCGUGGGUCCGCCAUGACAAGGAGCGUGUCAAGUUCCUAAAGGAUGCUUUCAACUGCAUCCGCUUCCGCCUGCUGCCAGAGAAGUACUUCAAAGAAAGAGUGGAGACGGAUGACAUAAUCAAGGCCGACCCAGAGCUCCAGAAGACGAUCCAGGUCAUCAGGGAUGCCUUCAAGGGGAAACUUCCAGAACAGCCCAAGAAGAAGGAGGGGGAGGAGGGUGCUGAUGGGGAGGAGGAAAGCAUGUUUCCCGGCUUCCUGAAUGACAACCGCAGGCAUGGCAUGUAUGCACGGGAAUUCAUUGUCAUGAUCAAUGAUACGGCAGCGGUGGCGUAUGACGUCAGCGAGAAUGAGUGCUUCCUGGCGGCCAUGUCGGAGCAGGUGCCACGUAACCACGUCAGCCUGGUGUCACAGAAGAACCAGCUCUACAUCAUUGGAGGACUGUUUGUGGAUGAGGAAAACAAAGAACUACCUCUGCAAUGCUACUUCUACCAGUUGGAUCCACUCACAUCAGACUGGGCCGCCAUGCCGCCCAUGCCCUCUCCAAGAUGCCUCUUCAACAUCGGAGAGAGCAACAACCUGCUGUUUGCCGUGGCCGGAAAAGACCUCCAAACCAACGAGUCGCUUGAUUCUGUGAUGUGCUACGAUGUUGAGAAGAUGAAGUGGAGCGAGACCAAAAAGCUUCCUUUGAAGAUCCACGGCCACUCUGUCGUCUCCCACAAAGGGCUGGUCUACUGCAUUGGAGGAAAGACAGAUGACAACAAAGCCCUCAACAAGAUGUUUGUAUACAACCACAAGCAGUCAGAGUGGAGGGAGCUGGCAGCCAUGAAGACACCCAGAGCCAUGUUUGGAUCCGUUGUCCACAACGGCAAGAUUGUGGUGGCUGGCGGAGUCAAUGAGGAGGGCCUCAUUAAUACGUGUGAAGCCUUUGACUUCACAACAAACAAGUGGGAGCCAUUUACAGACUUCCCCCAGGAGAGGAGCUCUGUCAACCUGUUGAGCAAUGGCGGCUCCCUGUACGCUGUGGGCGGCUUUGCCAUGAUUCAGAUGGAGAACAAGGAGGUGGCUCCCACAGAGGUCACCGACGUCUGGCAGUAUGAGGAUGAUAAGAAGCAGUGGAGCGGGAUGCUGAGGGAGAUGCGGUACGCUGCCGGCUCCUCCUGUGUGUCCAUGCGCCUCAAUGCUGCCAGGAUGCCCAAACUGUAGACAGAAACACUUUAUUUCUUUCUUAACCCCCCCAACAGCACCUCCUGACACCCCCCUCCUCCCCCAGCAAGCUGCCUCCGAGGCGUCUCAUCCUCUGCACUCAGAUUUCUGUGUGUCGAGUUGAUCUUUGACAUUAAUUUUUCUCUGAACUCAGAUGAUUUUUAUCUGUACUAUAAACACUCGGCUCCGCUGCCUCUUCAAAGACUGCACCAUCCCCACAGUAUUAAAAAAAAAGAAGCCACAAUUUAGAUUGAUCUUUAAAGCUCUGUUUACACCAUUUCUAGCAUUUCUUUUGUAAAAUAAACAUUUGUAAACUUC